AUGAAAACAUGUUAUUAUGAGUUAUUGCAGGUAGAGUCUACAGCAACAGACUUAGAGUUGAAGAAAGCAUACAGGAAGAAAGCCCUUCAAUUACAUCCUGACAAAAAUCCUGACGACAUUGAAGGUGCUACCGCCAGGUUUGCAUUAGUACGAGCAGCAUACGAAGUAUUAUCAGAUCCCCAGGAAAGAUCGUGGUAUGACUCACAUAAGUCCCAAAUCUUAAGAGAUGAAGAUACGUUUGAAGUGGAUGAAAAUGAAUUAGUGAUUCCAAGUAUAUCUGUUGAAGAGAUCUUACGAUAUUUCAAUCCUUCAUUCUAUACAACGAUAGACGAUUCACAGGUUGGGUUUUAUAAUGUUGUUAGUAGGUUAUUCGAGAGGAUAGCUGCUGAGGAAAUUAGUCAUGCCAAGCAUCAAGGUUUAGCAAAAUAUGAGAAAUAUCACGACGAUGCAUCGAAUGUUAAUGUAAUUGAUGAAUCGAUGUUGUUAUAUCCAAAAUUUGGAAAUAGUAAAAGCGACUAUAUUUCACACGUUAGACCUUUCUAUAAUACAUGGUUAUCUUUCCAAAGUGUCAAGGCGUUCAAUUGGAAGGAUGAGUAUAGGUACUCCAUGGCACCUGAUAGACGGACAAGAAGACUCAUGGAAAGAGAAAAUAAAAAGGCAAGGGAUGCUGCAAGAAAAGAAUACAAUGAGACUGUCAGAAGUCUUGUUGCAUUUAUAAAGAAGAGAGACAUGAGAGUUAAACAAGGAAUAAGUGAAUAUGAAAAGCAAAAGAAGAAGAAGCAACAAGAGGAAUUGGAAGACCAGAUUAAAAAUAAUCGCCAAGAUGAAUUAAGGAAGUUGGCAACACAAAACAAGUUUGAGAUCCAAGAUUGGCAACAGCUAUCAGUAGAAGAAUUGCAUGAGCUCGAGCAAAUGCUAGAUGAAGAGUAUAACUCUAGUUCAGAUAGUGAAUUCGAUGAAUACGAACAAACGGGAGACGAAAAUUUUUUCGAAUGCUUCGUUUGUAAUAAAUAUUUUAAAUCCGAGAAGCAAUUUGAGACACAUGAACAAUCAAAUAAACAUAAGAAAGUAGUAAGCAAGUUAAAAUGGGAAAUGCAAAAAGAAGGGAUUGAGUUGGGUAUCGAUAAGGAUGAUGUGGAUCUAGAUGAAUUCGAGACAGCUAGUAGUGGGUUAGACUCAGAAGAUGACGAUAUUGACACUGAAGAUGACAACCUAUCCGAAGUUUCAGACAGCCCAAACGAUAAUCUUGGGCAAGAUAAUAGAGUGAACUCUCCACAAGUCAUAGAACAUGCAGAUAAUACAAUAGAAAGCAUAGAAUUUGAAGUUGACGAUGAAAUAAAUAGCGAUUUUGAAGAUGGUGCCGAACCUAUAAUAGUGCCCCAGGCUUCUCUAAGAAAACUGAAGAACAAGAACAAGAACAAGAAAAGUACACCUGCAUACUCAGAUGAUGAAAAUGAUGAUUUGCAACGAGAAUUAUCCAAACUCACUUCAAACCUAAAUGGCGUAGCUUUGGAUGAUGAUAGUGAUUGGUCAACCAAUCCAAAAGGUAAAAAGAAUAAAAAAAAGAGGAACCCGACUGCUGACUCAGAAACUGCUAGUCCUCAACCGCAAGCAGCACUACCAAAAAAGAAAAAGUAUACUGAAUCUGAUGACUUACCGACACAUGUACCUAAAGGUUCAGAUAUUUGUGUAGUUUGCAAAGAGUUGUUUACAUCGAGAAACAAGCUUUUCCAGCAUGUGAAGACAACAGGUCAUGCUGCUCCCUUGCCUCAAGCGAAAAAGGGUAAGAAAAAAAAGAAUUAA